GAGCUCACGUCAUUCUCUUGUGAGCUAACUUGGCAUGCUUAAUUUCACUAGAAUCUGUCACAAUAUGUUGUCGAUAAAAGGUUAUUCCUCCAAGAUGUUUUUCAGUGAUGUGUUUUUAUUCAAUAUACCGAAUGAAGAAGAGCAUCGUCAGAUAAAAUUUUACCGGAGGAGCCUUAGGGAUUCGUCAAACCCGUUGGAGUUGCCUGAGGAAUUAUUUUUAAGACGUUAUAGAGUAAAUAAAGAAGUGUUUGUAUAUCUCCAUACUCAGCUCCAUUUGCCUAAUGGAGCUAGAUGUACUUUUAUUCCUCCCAUCCUACAAUUGGCAACGACAUUACAACUACUGGGCGGUGGAUCAUACCAGUGGCAAGUUGGAGUAGAUUUUGUCGCUCCAAUGAGUCAAAGUACCGUACAUUAUGUUACUACAUCUGUUAUUAAAGAAAUGGAGAGCGCAUUUUGCAAGAAAUGGAUUCGAUUUAAAAUUUCGAACGUAACUAAGCAAUUUUUUUAUGCGAAAUAUCGUAUACCAAGCGUUAUCGGUUGUAUUGACGGUACACACAUUAUGAUGCUACGCCCCCAACAAAACGAGCAUAUGUUUUUCAAUCGCAAGGGAAAGCAUAGCAUAAAUGCUAUGAUUAUUUGUAAUGAAACGCUGGAAAUUAUGUCUGUGAACGCUAAAUAUGGAGGCUGUGCUCAUGACAGUUUUGUUUGGCAACAGAGUAAGGAGCGUGCUAUGUUGGAAACUGAAUACGAUAAAGGAAUGCGAAAUAUUUGGCUUCUAGGUAUGAUCAAAUGUUUACUCUGA